AUGCUUGAAGAAGCAUUCAAGGACCAAAUGAACGAACUCAUCCGGUUAUGUGCCCCUAAUCGGCAAACGCUGCUGUUUUCUGCCACGAUGACAGAUCAAAUUGAUGAAUUGGCCUCGAUGUCGUUGAAGAAACCCGUGAGAAUUUUUAUCAAUGAAAAUACGGAAACUGCGUUGAAACUUAGGCAAGAAUUCAUUCGGAUACGAGCCGGACGUGAAGGUGACCGUGAGGCAAUCAUUGCUGCACUUGUUACACGUACAUUUCAGGAGAACACUAUUGUAUUUGUGAAAAUGAAGAAAGAUUGUCAACGCAUGCAUAUUCUACUUGGGCUCUUGGGCUUGAAGGUUGGUCAAAUGCACUCAUCCCUCUCACAAGCGCAACGUAUCGAAGCAUUGUCGAAGUUCAAGAGGAGAGAGAUAGAUGUUUUGGUGUCCACUGAUCUCGCCUCCAGAGGACUUGAUAUCGAAGGGAUCCAAACAGUUAUCAAUAUGCACAUGCCGAAAACAAUCAAACAGUACAUACAUAGAGUUGGCCGAACUGCUAGAGCUGGACGAGUUGGACGAUCAAUUUCUCUUGUUGGAGAGGAAGAAAGAAAACUUUUGAAAGAAAUCAUAAACACAAACCCCAACCGAAGUUUGAAACAGCGGCAAGUUGCACCAGAAGUUGUGGAAGCCUAUCGACAACGAAUAGACUCGCUUGAGGACUCCAUACGACAAAUUGAUCUAGAAGAAAAAGAAGAGAAAGAGCUACGCUUAGCGGAGGCUGCUGUGAGAAAAACAGAGGAAAAACUGGAAACAGGAACAACGGAACGAGAGGGACGAGUCUGGUUUAAAAAGUCAACAGUUGGAGGUGCGUUGAAUUGUUGAUU